AUGGAGGUUGGACAGGCGCCCGAUAUUACCGGGACAGAGCAGGGCAAGGACGGCCCUGGGGAGCAGAGGCCCCCGUGUUCCCCGUCCCCCGUGGGCUGCCCAUCCCCGCGGGGCCCCAUGGCUGCGGAAGUGCCGUUGGAACCCGUGGUGGUACGUGGAGAGCGGCCCAGCCCGUCACUGCCCACCCACGUUCUCCCAAGAGUUCGGGAGCCCCAGAGGAGGGUGGCCUUGGGGGGGUCGCUGUGUGGGAUAUGGAUUGUGGACCUCCCAAAGUAUAGCAGUUCGUGCUCUCAGCAGCCCCUGCCUUGCCAGGACAGCGUGUCCUUCGAAGAUGUGACCAUGUCCUUCUCUUGGGAGGAGUGGAAUCUUCUUGAUGAGGCUCAGAGACACCUGUACUUCUCUGUGAUGUUGGAGAACCUGGCCCGCAUGUCGUCCCUGGGUCGCUCCUUAGAAGUGAAGCAUGACGGGACACCUUCUGAGCCAAGCAUAUCUGUGGCAUUGUCGCAGGUCCGGGACCUGCUCUCCAGGUUCAGCUCUCCAGAAUGUAUUUUUCACUCGGCUCAGCACCAUGGGACACACAGCAGGAAGAAGCCGUACACAUACAAGGCACAGCCAUACCUCACAGCAGGGUUACAGCAUCACCAGCAGCAUGUCAGAGAGCUGCCAUUCGGAAGCUGUGUGGAAGACUCAUGUACAAUCCGCGUGUCAGGGAAACCUUUCACCUGCAAAGAAAUUGCCAAGGGCUUCUCACCCAGUGUGGUGUUCCCUCAUCAACAAGACUGUCCCACAGGAAAGAACCCAACCAGUGGUGACAAGUGUGGGGUGGCCUUGCACAGUGGAAAGUCAUCAUGCUGGGGAAAAUGUAAGAAAGCUUUCAGCCACAUCAGCACACUUGUUCAGGACCAGAGAGUCCUCAUCAGGGAAGGGCUUUUUGAGUGCCACAAGUGUGGAAAAGCCUGUACAUGAAGGUGUAACCUCAUCCAGCACCAGAAAGUGCACAGUGAGGUCAGGCCUUACAGCGAGUGUGGAAAGUGUUUUACCUACUACUCCAGCUUCGUGAUACACUGGAGAGUCCACACUGGAGAGAGGCCUUACUCGUGAAGUGAGUGUGGGAAGGGCUUCGGUCAGAUCUACAGCCUCAACAGCCACCAGAAAGUUCACAUUGGAGAAAGACGUUACAAGUGCAGAGAAUGUGGGAAAUUCUUUACCAAAGAUCCAACCUCAUUCAGCACCAACCAUGCUGGAGAAAGGCCUUACGAGUGCAGAGGAUGUGGGAAGUCCUUUAGCCAAAACUUUAGGCUCAUCUACCACCAGCGCAUCCACACUGGAGAAAGGCCUCAUCAGUGCUGUGAGUGUGGAAAAGCCUUUAGCCGCAACUCCAGCCUCAUCCACCACCAGAGACUCCACAUGCAGUGCAGUAAAUGUGGGAAGUCUUUUAAGCAAAGCUCCAGCUUCAGUUCGCAUUGGAAAGUCCACAUGGGGAAAAAGCCCUAUGCGUGUAGGGAAUGAGGGAAGUCCUUCAGCCAUAGCUCUAACCUUAAGACCCACCAGAGAGUUCACACUGAGGAAAGGCCCAUGGAGUGCAGGGAGUGUGGAAAGUCUUUUAGCUGCAAAUCUAACCUUAUCAAACACCUGAGGAUUCACACUGGAGAAAGGCCUUACCAGUGCACUGACUGCGGAAAGUGCUUCAGCCAGAGCUCCAGCCUUAUUCAGCACCGGCAGCUGGACACUCAAAAGCCCUACCAGCGCUGUGACUGUGGGAAAGGCUUCGCCUGCAGGUCUGUCCUCACUCAAUGCCGGAGAGUCCACACUGGAGUAAAGCAUUAGCUUUCCUAGUGUCAUAACGCCAGAUGAGACCAUGUGGGAGAACCGCCCACCCCAGACUGAAGUUCCAGGCACUCAGAGGCUUUAAGAAGAGGUUGCCCCUUCUAACCUGUGCAGUCCCUUGCCAUUCUAGGCAGAGCCAUUUUACUGCCAUCUCCACCAAGGGCACACAGUGUGACAUCAUCACUGUCACAUGUCGGGGAAAAUGACCUGCCUUUUUGCCGCUUGCUGACCAUCAUGCAAUCCCAUUCAUGAAAUAGGACAUGAACUUGACCCAGUCUGAUACCUGUGACCCCAGAGGAAGUAUGUGGGGGCAGCCUAGCCAGAAUUGAUUUCAUGAACUUGUUAGUCUCAGGACAGUCUCCAAGUCACUGACUGGAAAUUGCUUAACUCAAGGUCUCUUAGUUGUUUUUGUUUUUGGGUUUUUUUUUUGUCAGUU